AUGGAGUUGCUGGGACAUUUUUGUUGGUGGCUUGUGGUGUUAGUUUUGGUUCAUUUUGGUAUGAAUGGGUGCUUUGGUUGCUGGGAGGAAGAGAGAAUUGCUCUCUUGCAAUACAAAGCUUCCACCAUCAACUACACUUUUGAAUAUCAUUUUACACCUUGGGACUUAGCCGACAAAGAGAGUGAUUGCUGUGAGUGGGAAAAAGUCAAGUGUGACAUCACUACUGGCCGUGUAAUCAAACUUGCUCUUAAUAAUACGAUUUAUUGGAAUGGAGAAAGUGGGGGAGGUUGGUACUUCAAUGCCUCUCUAUUUCUUCCCUUUGAAGAGCUCCAGCACCUCGAUUUGAGUUAUAAUUACAUUUUUGGAUGGGUCCCAAAUGAAGGUUUUGAAAGAUUCUCUUCGUUGAGCAAGUUGAAGGUGCUUUACUUGGAUGGUAAUUAUUUCAAUAACAGUAUUCUUUCAUCCUUGAGUGGAAUUGCUUCCCUCAAGGAACUACAUUUGGGGGACAACAAUUUGAAUGGUGAAGGUUUUGAUAGAUUCUCUUUGUUGAGCAAGUUGGAGGUGCUUCACUUGGAUGUUAAUAAUUUCAAUCACAGCAUUCUGCAAUCCUUAAGUGGUAUUAUGUCGCUCAAGGAACUAGAUUUGAGUAACAACAAUUUGAAUGGAACAAUUCAUAUCAAAGAAUUUAAAGCAUUUAGCAACUUGGAGGAGCUCUACUUGUCUAAUAACAAGAUCACUGACUUCGUGACAACAAAAGAUUCAAACAUCUUAACUAAGCUGCAACACCUAGACUUGAGUCUGAAUGAUUUCAGUGCCCGAGUUCUUGAGUCAUUAACUGCCUUCCCAUCAUUGAAGAUAUUAGAUCUCUCAUAUAACAAUAUGGUGGGAUCAUUUACUACUAAAGAGUUAAGCAAACUAAACAACCUUGAGCAGUUGAAGUUGGAUAAUUCAUCGAUUGAUAAAAGUCUUCUUCAAAAAAUUGGAGUUAUGACUUCUCUUAAGGUAUUGGCAGUGAAAGACUGUGGAUUGAAUGGCAACCUACCUGACCUAGGUUGGUGUGAACUUAAGAAAAUCCAAGAGAUAUACCUCAGCGGCAAUAAUUUUGAAGGGAGACUACCUUCAUGUAUGGCAAACUUGACAUCACUCCAAGUAUUGGAUCUCUCUUAUAAUCACUUCAAUGGGAACAUUGCCCAGUCUCCACUAUCAAGUUUGUCGUCACUUGUGUAUCUUUCUUUCUCAGAUAACAAGUUCUUGAUCCCGUCCACAUUUUCCUUCCUUUUCAACCUCUCAAAUCUUAAGAUCCUAGUUGGUGAUAACAAUAUCUUAGCUUUGGAAACUGAUUCUCUUACUUGGAUUCCAACCUUUCAAUUAAAGGUUUUCAGUUUGUCUAAAUGUUCAUUUAACAUUCACAAUAGCACACCUCCCAGAUUUCUUCAAUACCAAUAUGAUUUGCGAGUAAUUAAUCUCUCUCACAACAAGUUGGUUGGGCAGUUCCCUAACUGGUUAUUAGAGAACAAUACAAGAUUGGAGGCUUUUGAUCUAAAAAAUAACUCUUUCAGAGGGCCUUUCAUAGUACCAUAUGAUAUUCAUCCCAACAUUUUUAUCAUAGAUAUUUCAGAUAAUUACUUACAUGGUCCAAUUCCCACAAACCUUGGUUUAAUUUUUCCAAAUUUGAAAUUUUUAAAUAUGUCUAGAAAUGAAUUUGAAGGCAAUAUUCCUACUUCUUUUGGGAAUUUGGUUUUCUUAACCGGUCUAGACUUGUCUGAGAAUCAUUUUUCAGGAACAAUACCAAUGCAUUUCAUAAUGGGUUGCUACCGACUAGAAUUUCUCAUAUUAUCAAAAAAUAGCUUCAGUGGUCAAAUAUUUCCUACCAAUUUUAAUUUGACUAAUCUACAUUAUUUAUAUUUGGACAACAAUCAUUUCUCAGGCAUACUUCCAACAUGGAUUGGGAACAUUUCAUCUUUAGAGGACAUUUUCAUGGCAAAAAAUCAUCUUGAAGGUCCUAUUCCAAUCGAGUUAUGCAAACUCGUUCAUCUCACAUUUCUUGACCUUUCUGACAACAAUCUGUUUGGCUAUAUUCCAUCUUGCUUCAAUUCCUCAAGUAUCAACUUUUUUCAAUUAAAUAAAAAUUUCUUGAGCGGUCCAAUUCCAAGUGCUUUCCAGAACAACUCCAAUCUAUUUGCACUGAAUCUUCGAGAUAACCUUCUAACUGGCAACAUUCCCAAUUGGAUUGGCAGCCUCUCAUCAUUGAGAAUUCUCCUCUUGAAAGGAAAUCAUUUAGGAGAUCAAAUUCCAGUUCAAUUAUGCCUUUUGCAACGCUUAAACAUUUUGGAUCUUUCCUACAAUAAAUUUUCAGGUCCGAUACCUCAUUGCUUGAGUAACAUUACUUUUGAUGCAUCCACCCAGGAUAAUUCCUUCGGAGGUUUAUAUUCAAGGGAAACUUAUUCAAGUAGUUUGUCACUAUAUUCAACAAUUAUUGAAGCUCUAUACUAUGGCAUAUUUAUGUUUGAUCCAUCUGUGAAUGCUGAAGAAGAAGUACAGUUUGCAACAAAAAGUAGAACUUACACCUACAAGGGUUACAUCCUCGAGUACAUGUUUGGAAUUGACCUCUCGUGCAACAAUCUAGAAGGUAAUAUCCCACUGGAACUCGGUAGGAUAAACAGCAGCAUUCGUGCAUUGAACUUGUCACACAACAAUCUAUCCGGAUCAAUCCCUGUAACAUUCUCAAAUCUAAAGCAAAUAGAAAGUCUGGAUCUUUCCUACAACAAUUUGAAGGGUAAAAUUCCACCUCAAUUGACUGAAAUGACCUCUCUAGCAGUCUUUAGUGUGGCACACAACAACUUAUCAGGUGCAACACCGGACAGAAAAAAUCAAUUCAUUACUUUUGAUGAAAACAGUUAUGAGGGGAACCCUCUCUUGUGUGGACCUCCAUUACAGAAUGGUUGCACCAGAAUCAGACCACCGUUUACAACUCCAGUGGAUAAUGACGGGGAAGAAGGUGAUAGUUUGAUGGACAUGGGUGUCUUCUACAUAAGCUUUGCGGUGGUUUACAUAACAGUCUUGUUGGGAAUUGUUGCAGUACUCUACAUAAAUCCAUAUUGGCGUAGGGCGUGGUUUAACCUCAUUGAAGUGUGUAUUGACACUUGCUAUUGUUUUGUUGUGAUUCAUUACCGCAAGUUGUUCAAUUUCAAGAGUGCAUAG